AUGAUCUUUGGCACCAUCCCUAAACAACUCCCGAGACUGUUCUUCGGACCAGACGCUGUGGCAUUUGUUGAAGCAACAAGAUAUGUCGGCCUGAAUGUCCGGUCCACACACAGACAUAUCUUUGCUGAUCACUAUCUUAAGAAGGCGAGCAAGGGGAGAGCUAUUGCCAAUACAGUCCUAGGACUCCAAGCCGUGAUCGGGUCACUGCCAGUGUGGGAUGCGCGUAAACUGUACAUGGCGCUGAUAGACCCCCAUCUGACCCAUGGCUGUGAGAUCUCACUGGACACCGACUUGAACCUGCUGAAGGAGCUCGAGGACAUUCAGCACGAGUUCUUACGGCGGGUUCUAGGCCUUGGCAAAUGCUCAAUGCUUACCCCACUCUUCACCGAAACAGGGAUCAUGCCGAUCCGAUACCGACGCCUAAUCUUGGCGCUGUCAUAUCUCAAGUACUUGGUCGGAAUUGAUGAUGACACCAGGCUGGUGACUGCUGCACGCAGAGACUCAAUAGCGCUGGAUGCGGCCGGGGCAGACUCGUGGAUGAGGGACUUGAAAGCUGUAUUCCAAAGCUUACCAUUUGAGUGCCCGCUCCCUCCACCCCCCUCGCUCACAACCGCAGCCAUCGAUGAUCUCAUCAAGAAGCUGAAAGUUGCCGUGGGUGAAUACCUGCAGCUGGAUAUUGAUCGAUGGGAUAAUCCGAAGCUCUACCUCCUGAGGGGACGCCUAGAACCGGAUACUAGAGGACGACUGGUGCAGAAAUCUAUACACCUCCGUCACUACCUGUCUGUUACCAAUCCAGACCACCGGAAAACCCUCACCCGGCUACUCCUCUCCAGCCACUCACUAGCGAUUGAGAGGCUCAGAUGGACAGAUGCCCGCCGGCCUCGGAUUGAUCCGAGCGAGCGAAAGUGCAGACUAUGCCGCAACGCCCCAGAAACGCCGGAACAUGUCCUGCUCAUAUGUGCUGGAGACACUAGUCUCAUCCAACUGCGCGUCACGUUUAUGACCAAAUUCAAACUCGAUGUUCCCGCUACGCCACCACUUGAGUCAAUGCCAGAGAUAGAAUUUCUCAAGCGUAUGUUAUUCCACCGGGAAACAAUCGGACUCGUGGCGAAGUUUGCGUACGAAGUUAUGGCAAUUUUUGAGUCUAAGCCGAUGCACCAACCAGCAUCACCCUUACACUGGCUCAUUCAGGCACCUUGA